AUGGCGCCUGCGUCGUCUCCAAGCUUUGCAUUCAAUCCGCUCCUCAUCCCCACCGAGUCUUCCGCCUCUUCUUGCCAUUCAUCUUCUUCGGCUGCUCCGCGUCUCUCGAAAGUCCGCGUCCUCGUUGUCGGCGCAGGGGGGAUAGGCUGCGAAGUGUGCAAAGAUCUUCUGCUGUCCGGAUUUCGGCGGCUGUGUGUAGUCGAUCUGGACACAAUUGACGUGAGCAAUCUGAAUCGUCAGUUCUUCUUCAGAAAUGUACAUGUGGGACUGAGCAAGGCGUUUGUCCUCGCAGCCUCGUGUUCUGCCCUCAUUCCCCGAGAAGAGCGUCAGUCUCUCGCGCACAAGAGAGCGAGAGCCGUGCGGCAGCUGAAGGAGGCCGGCGACGUCGACUCCGAGUGCGACGAGGAAGAUGAAGAAAGCACUGAUGGGAAGCACGGACCUGAUGCAAAAGGCGAGGCGCCUUCACCCGCCUUGUCUGAGACGGCGACCGAGGGCGAAGGAGUCGAGGCGCAGGAUGUGUGCAUCGAUGGGAGGACAGUGUGGGGCGUAGUGGGCCAGAAAAUGAACAUCCUUUCUUCGGGCUUCACCGUUCAGCUGCUCCAGACGUAUGAAGUCGUCAUAUCGGCCCUGGAUAACCAGAAAGCGAGGCGCCAUUUGAACGGCCUCUGCAUCGCUGCCGGCGUGCCUCUCAUCGAGGCUGGCAGCACGGGAUACUCGGGGCAAGUCAUGCCGAUUCUGAAGAACGAAACGCUCUGCUAUGACUGUGAAGCCAAGCCGAGAGACCAGCAGCGCUUUCCUGUCUGUACACUGCGCCAGCGCCCCGAAAGACCGGAGCACUGUAUUGCAUGGGCCAAAAUGAUUUACGAACUGGUCUUCGGGGUUGAGGAUAACGAAAACCUUCUCUCCGACCUCAAGGAGCAGUUGAGAACCUUCCUCAUUGUGUCUCCUGUAGAGCCAGAAAGCGCAUUCGACGGGGAUAGCACAGCGGGAGCGACAGAGCUGGGUGCGGCGGCAGAAAGCAAGAGGGAGAGGGCCGAGGCAAUGCGACUGAUGAGUCGGAAGAUGAUGAAGGAACUGUUUCACGAUCAGAUUGUCGAGCUUCUCAGGCUGAGCCAAGAAAACAAGGACGCGCCGAAGAAAAAUGACAUCCUCCCUACUCCGCUCUGCGUCCAAGGGCUUACGGGCGCGACAAGUGUCGAAGACAGACAGCGUGCAGGAUGGGAAAACGCCCCGGCGACAAAUGGAGCGUCUCGAGACAACGCGAGUGUGAAGAAGACAGUCAAACAGGGAGGGGAAGGCAAAGGCCUAGAGAGUCAGCGGACGUGGAGCGUCCAGGAGUGCCAAGAGGUGUUUGAGCGGAGUUUCUUGGGGCUUCUUGAACGACAGAAAACCACAGAGCGUGACGCAAAGGCGGGAACAGGGAAGCGGGAAGCAGGAAUCCCGUUCGACAAAGACGAUGACCUCGCCAUGGACUUCGUUGCUGCCGCUGCCAACCUUCGCAUGCAUAACUUCCACAUUCCACUCAAGUCGCGCUGGUCCAUCCAGGCUAUCGCCGGCUCCAUCAUCCCUGCCAUCGCGGCGACCAAUGCAGUUGUUGCCUCUCUCCAGGUUGUGCAGCUGCUUCACCUCCUGCAAUUUCUUCAUUCGGAGGGGCGGCUGCGCCACGAGCGAUCCGCGGCAGUGAAGGCGGAAAGUGGCAAGACGGAGCCAGCGAAGACUCUCAGAACUGACAGCAAAUGCCGUUACGUUUGGGUCAAGCCCUUUGUGACGGGUGUACGACCAGAAGCAGCGGGCCGUCUCAUUCUUCCCGAAGUCAUGGAUCCCCCGAAAGCCUCGUGUUUCCUUUGCCAGCAACAAACAGUCACGAUUGAACUUAUUUCUCUCAAAGCGUGGAAUAUCGAGACGUUCGUGGAGAGAAUUGUGAAAGGGGAGCUGGGGCUGGCGCAUCCUUACGUUGAUUCCGAGUCGCGGAAUCUUUAUGAUGUGGAUGAGGUCGACGAACAGAGGCAAAACGGGGAAGAGGACGACGCGUCCCCUCUGAAGCAGCCUUUGGCGAAUUUCGGGAUUGUAUCCGGAUCCAUUCUCACGGCCACCGACUUCUCCAGGGGCGACUUCCAAUGUAAUCUUCUACUUCUCGAACGCCCCGAGCUCGGUGAAAAAGACAAGGAUGAUCCUCACACAUUUCGGGUUGUACGUGAGAGUGGCGCCUCCUGGACCGCCGAGAAAGAGACAGAGGCGCUGCCAGCUGAUGGGGCGAAGACGCAUCCAGAGACGCAGGAGGAGCCCGCACGUGAAGCGGACCAAGGUGGCAUCGACGUAGCGGGGCACGGGGGCGGCAACGGACGUGCGAAAAGGCCUCGCAAUGAGACUAGAGAGGCCGCGAGCUCUGGAAGGCAGCAUCUUGGAAAUGCGACCGAUGCGGAAAUAGUAGUUCUCGAUGACGAUGGUCAGGAGCAAGAGGGGCACACACUCGCGUCUCAGGAAGCGAAAAAGAGAAAAGAAGGCUCUCCGUCUUUUGAUGAGGCAGAGAUCGUUAUCGACGACGACGACAAUUAG